AUUCGAGAGAGUUAUCAUUUCACCCCUGACCAUGUGCUCAGUCAGUUUCCAGUACGCUGAGAAACUCUGUACGUGGUGUCAGCCGAGUCGUAUGUAUUUGCCGUCAGCUGGGCAAAUGUGAUUCGCAUGUCCAACUGGGAUGUCAAAAAUUUUGAUAGCUCCAACUGGCAUGCCAGUUGGAUGCUAUCAAAAAUUUGACAUUCGUCUCUCUUCGGGCCCUCCUUCGUAUUUUGCUCUGUCUGACCAUCUCACUUACUCCACCAUAGCCCCAGCUGUGCGUUAGAGUGAGAUGGAUGUAUAUGAUGUCAGUCGUGUCUGCUUCUGUGGUUGAACCGUUAACCUUGCGCUGUGUUGCGGGCGACUCGAGGGUGGACUGUGUGUGGAUUUGUCAAAAAGAAGAAGACGACGAAAAGAAAAAGAAAAAAAAACGAAAGAAAAAAAUAACCGAGGAAUUCUGUCGAGAAGGAAAAUAGUAAACGUGUGUGGGAAUACCAAAAAAAAAAAAAAAACGAGAAGAUAGUAAAGCAACAGAAGAAAAAAAAUAGAGGAAAUCCGUGGGAUAGAAGGGCAAGUGCUUUGGGGGCCCUGUUGAAGUGUGUGAGUGAGUGAGGCGCUCGUGAGAGAAAAUUCUCUUUUUGUGUGUGUUGUGUGAGACUUCUGCGGGGGUACCAUCGCGUCUUUGGUCUCUUGUGUGUGACAGAGAAAGAGGGAGAGAGAAAUAGAGAGAGAGAGAGAAAAGGCAAGAUUUUGCUGGGACGUUUUUUUUUUGUCGCUUUUCUCGAAUUUUUUUGAGAGAAGAACCGAAGAAAUUUUUGCAUUAGUGUGCUGUGUAUAUAGUUCGAUAUAUAUUUUUUUUCUCUCUUUGGCCCCGGGAUCAGGCAAAGCGCGCGCCCUAAAAGUUGAGCGACAGAGAAAGAGAGAUAGAGAUAGAAAGAGUGAGACAGAGUGGUAAAAAGCAAGAAUUUCCAGUGCCAUCUGCUAAAUAAAUUUUUUUUACCGUUUGUUUUUAUUUGGGAAGAAGAAGAAGAAGAGAGAAAAAUAAUCUGCCAUAGCGCACCCAAAGAAUUCAGGAGAAAAGAACGCAAAAUAGCCACAGAAAAAGUUGCGCGAGAUACAGAAGGAGAAGUGUUCUAAGGGGAAAAUCAUCGUAGAUAGGGAAAUAGCUCAAAUAAAAUAAAAUAAAAGAAAGAAAGAAAGAAAAAAAAAAGAAGAAUAUUGCUAAAAGUUCAUUUUUUGGGGUGUGAUAGAGAAGUGAUUAGUUUGGUGUUGGUUGUUUUUUUUUUUUUUUAAUUUGAGGGGGGUGCGGUUUUUUUGUUUUGUUUGUUAAUCUCUGUGUCUCCUGGGACAAAUAAAACCCGCAGAAAUGUCCAAUAGUCAAACACCAGCGCAGACGGCAGCGCCGCUACCCAAAACAACACCAACUAAAACAUCUACCACGGAACGAGUGAUCGACACUGUUCUGUUUCCACCAAGUCACAAGUUGACAGUUGCUGAGGUAUUUGAUCAGCGUACAGGAAAGCCACAGCCAGAAGUGUUGAAGCAACAUUUUAUACUUGAGGGUAGAAUUGAGGAGGCGGCUGCCCUUCGGAUCAUCCAAGAGGGCGCUGAUUUGCUUAAAGCCGAAAAGACGAUGAUUGAUAUUGAGGCACCAGUAACAGUUUGUGGAGAUAUCCAUGGGCAAUUCUAUGAUCUUAUGAAGUUAUUUGAAGUUGGUGGACCACCAUCAAGUACUAAAUAUCUAUUUUUGGGUGAUUAUGUCGAUCGGGGUUAUUUCAGCAUAGAAUGCGUUCUGUAUUUGUGGGCUCUGAAGCGGUGCUACUGCAAUUCCCUCUAUUUACUACGUGGCAAUCAUGAGUGUCGUCAUCUAACCGAAUAUUUCACCUUUAAGCAAGAAUGCAAAAUAAAAUACUCUGAGCGCGUUUACGAUGCGUGCAUGGAGGCUUUCGAUUGCCUACCAUUGGCAGCACUAAUGAAUCAGCAAUUUCUCUGUGUCCACGGUGGACUAUCACCAGAAAUACAUGAUCUCGAUGACAUUAGGAAGUUGGAUAGAUUCAAGGAACCACCGGCAUUUGGUCCAAUGUGUGAUCUACUGUGGUCAGAUCCAUUGGAAGAUUUUGGAAAUGAGAAAAGUUGCGAAUUCUAUUCUCACAAUUCCGUGAGAGGUUGCUCUUAUUUCUACAGCUACGCUGCGUGCUGUGACUUCCUGCAAAAUAACAAUCUAUUGUCCAUUAUAAGGGCACAUGAGGCUCAGGAUGCUGGUUAUCGAAUGUACAGGAAGAGCCAAACAACGGGUUUUCCAUCUCUAAUCACAAUAUUCUCAGCACCAAACUAUUUGGAUGUCUACAACAAUAAGGCAGCUGUACUCAAAUACGAAAAUAAUGUAAUGAAUAUUCGACAGUUCAAUUGCUCACCUCAUCCUUAUUGGCUUCCCAAUUUUAUGGAUGUGUUCACAUGGUCUCUGCCCUUUGUGGGCGAAAAGGUCACUGAAAUGCUAGUCAAUGUUCUAAAUAUCUGUUCUGAUGAUGAAUUGAUGUCAGAUGGCGAUGAUGCCCUCGAAGAAGUUAAAAAGAAAAUCAUUCUGAAAAAUAAAACUGGAAAUGCAGCUAAUCUGCGUAAGGAAGUUAUUCGCAAUAAGAUUCGAGCUAUUGGAAAGAUGGCACGAGUUUUCUCAGUUUUGAGGGAAGAAUCAGAAUCUGUACUUCAGCUCAAGGGAUUGACCCCAACUGGUGCCCUACCAUUGGGAGCCCUUUCUGGUGGAAAGACAUCUCUCAAGAAUGCUCUUCAGGGUUUCUCUCCAAACCACAAAAUAACAUCCUUUGCUGAAGCCAAAGGUUUGGAUGCCAUCAAUGAGAGGAUGCCACCGAGAAAGGAUGUUCCACCGACUCCGAGUCCAAGUGACGAGGCCAAGGCCCCAGUCAUUGAUAGUUCACAGAAGAAUAGCCAUGGAACAUCGUGAAGGGAUUAAGUUUACAGUUUUAUUUUUACAUUAUUAUUGAUUUUUUUUUAGUUAUUCUUCUCCUUCACGGUUUUUUUCUUUUUGUGAAAUUAAUUAUUGGUAUUUUUUUUUAUUGUUGAAUUCGCAAGGGCCCCCUUUUGCAGGUAUUUUUGUUUGUUUUUUUUUUAGUUUUGGGGAAGAGAAUAUCACAAGGAAAUAAAGUAACUUCAUUUUUUUGCGCAUUUUAUUUACAGAAUUGGUUAUGUCUCAUGAAAAUGAUAAACUCUAUCAAAGACAAUCUUGUAUUUCCUUGCUAAAAGAGAUGAAGAAAGGGACAUCUUUCAAUAUUUAUGAAUUUUUAUUUUUGUUGAAUUUAUUUUUUCUUUAGAAGGAAAGACGAAAAAACUCUGGAUAAAGCAAUAAUUAGUUAUAUAAUCAUUUAUCUCUCUUUCUAUGUCUCUCUCUUGUUAAUUUUUCUUUUUUUUUCGGGGAAACUUAGCUAUUUUUUUUUUUUGUCCAAAAGGGGGCUAAAUUAUUUUUCAACCUUAUUGUGAAGUCAGUGAUUUGGAUGAAGCGUGUUUUUUCUUCAAAAUGUACUUAUUAAAAAAUAAAUAAAAAUAAAGAAUAAAUUAAUAAAUAAAUAUAUAUAGUGAAAAGAGAAAAAAGAAACAAAUACAAAUUAUUUAGAAGACGAAGCAAGGGUUAAGGCAAAAAAAAAAGAUUGAGGUUAGGUGCGACUAAAUUAGUAAAAAUAGACAAAAACUAAAAGAAAAAAAAAAUAAACAAAAAAGCAAGGAGAAGGAAAUAUUUAAAGAAAAACAAAGGGGGAAGUCGGGAUUGCGCUAAUUUGAAGCAAAAGACAAAGCGACUUAUAGGAUUAUAAUUUAUUUAACUAACAAAACAUAAAAGAAAAAAGCAAGAAAAAUUUUCUAUUUAUUAUUAGUCAAUAUCUAUAUUCUAUUUUUCUUUUUUUAUUCUCUCACCUUUCCAUCAAAAUUAAUUGUUCAUAUUUCGAAAUUAAAUAAAAAAAAAGUCUGUUAUUUCGAAAAGUCCCCAUUUGAUAGGGAAGAAAUUAUCUGAGACAACAAAAAAAAGUAAAAAUAAAAAAUAAGAGAAAAGGGAAGAUAGAAAUAUUUAAAGAAUAAUUAAUUUAAACAAAAAAAAGAAAAAGGCAAAAAAAACAGAAAAAAUAAUACACUAUUAAUAUCAAAUUCAGCAAAUUCGUCUCUGUACAAAGCAUAGUGAAUAAUAUUUAAAAGAAAAAACUAAAUAAAUAAAAAAAUUAAUUAAGAGAUGAAAGAAGAGAAGAGUUUAAAAAAAAAACGGGAGAAAAAUAUAAAAAUACUAGGCUAAAUUUACUUAUCAAUUUUUUUUUUGAGAAACAAACAAAAAAAAAUAGAAAAUAAACCGAGAUCUGAUUAAUAACAAAAAGAAAAACCCAAAAAAUAAAAAAAAAUUGAGAAUAUUAAAAACGAAAAAACAAAAAUUUAGAGAAAACAUAAGAAAAAAUUCUCGGUAAAUUCUCAAAUCAUGAGGAAAAAAACAGCAUUUUUAAAAAGUUAUUUAAAAAAAAAAGAAAACAGAAAACAAAAAAUAUUCUGUUCAUUCUAAUAAGGCUACUCAUGAAGUGUUCUUUUUUUUUUUUUUGAAUUUUUAGUAAGAAAUAUUUGGAAUUAGAUUGUUUCCAGGGGAAAAAUAUUCAAAUUAAGAAAGAAAGGUUCGUUCGAAAAAGAGUGAUAAAGUGAUAAGAAGAGGCGAUAGGGCACCAAUCCGCCAUAUCAAAAGCAUCCUACCGCAGGAUUUUAUGCCAAUAUUGUUGCAAAAUUAACAAAAUAUCGUCUCCAACUUUAAUUAACUUAAUUAACUAUCACUUUUCAACUGACAAAUUCCAUAACUGGGCACUCAAUGGGUCAAGUGGUAGAGCACUCGGUCUAUGAUGCAAGUGUACCGGGUUCGAAUCCCCUUUUAGGUCACCAGGAAUUUUUCUGCACUAGAUUCCACGUGGCAUGGGACUGACAAUCUCAUCCCGGACAAGAAAAAAUCACAAUCUGUGUUCUAGAUCUAGAAGUACCCUUACGGGAAGGCCUAGUUCCUUCAUGGAAUGUUGUGCCAGCAAUAUUAUUAUUAUUAU